AUGCCUGCCGACGUGGAUGGCCCACGGGAUUUCUCCCCUCCGCCACGGUACAGCGAAUCAAACAAUGUCUUAGAAUCAAAGGACGGCGAUCCGCGCCCUCAUAAUCACGGGCAAUGGUUAUUACGCCGCACCUCGAUCCACAUAGAAUCUUCAGCAGCUGACGUCGAGAGUUCGCGUUGUACAUCUAUUUCGUCGGGAUCGACGGGUCCAAACAGAGCCGGUGAUGGAUUCUUUCAGAAGAACGGCGACCAUGGCGGCCAAGGGCAGGCAAACGGAGGUCUAGGUCACCACUUUGGCGCAUUACAGUUGGGCUCUCGAGUUGUAAUUGAAGCAACGCACCCGACAAGAUCUCGGGCGGAGCGUCGCGUUGAGCUGAAAGGACUCGAGCAGGCUGCCAGUGCAAAGAGAUGGAGCGGAUCUGGCCGUCCCGCUGAACUCUGGGGGAAGCUUAUGCAAGAUCCUGAGCUGUGGGAUGAAGGCGGAGAUACUUAUAUUUACUUUGGAUAUCAGCGCCCGACACCUUCCUUUCUCAUCAAAGCAUCUCUACUCGAGGAGAUGAAGUCUGAUCAUCUCAUGUCUAAAUUACAUGACGCCAAAGACUCACGGUCGUUCUCUCCGUCCACGAAAGCUCUUUCAUCACUAGGCGGUUUCAAAUCGCUAGCCAUAGGGAGGAAAUCUCCCAGAGCAGGUUUGAGGCCCAGAGUGGAGGCUCAUGUCUGUCGUGACAUAUAUUUUCCAGCACCACUUGAGGCAUCCCGACUUGACAUCUUGAGAUACCACCUCACAACGCGCAAUGUAUUUGCAUUGCUGCUGAACAAGCCUUUAGUCGGCUUGACUUUCUACCAAGCCCUAGUAGACCUUCAGGAGCGACUAGAGGACCUUGCUCCCACUUCCCCGUCUGCCGAAACCAUUAUCAACUAUCUAAUCAGGAACCGGUUCCAUAAUGUGAGCAACGAGCCUUCAGCCGCUGUGGGAUUGCUUGGGUGGAGUGAAGACAACUUAUGGCUGGAAGGUUGGCGAGAGGGAUACGUUCAUUGCACUGGCAUGUAUUCCAAGCUGCGACCAAUGCCCGAGUUUGGUGAUCUUAGUCACACUACCCGAUCGUCUCUUGAGCGGUCCAAGCUUGAGCUCACCAUCAAAAUUGAGCAAGCGGAGCAGAGGCUUGCCACAUUUCAUUUCGAUGACAUGUGGCUGAUCGGCGGACAGAGCCAAAGGUCGGUUCCUGCGCGGUUCAGCGCCCUUCGGCGCUUCUUCCAACGACAUUAUGGAAAAGUGUACAAGAGCUGGCCUCCGCGACCUGCGAAAGGAUGUGACGCGUGGUUGACGCGAAACCUUGUCGCAAGGCUCAAAGAAGACUUCGGCGCUUUGUACCGAUACUACGUUGAUCAAGAUAUCGUGUGGGAUGAUGCAAAUCAAAGCAUGAUCUACAGGAGUGAUCUUACACAAAAGAGCCAAAGCAAGGCCCUUUUUGGCAGCCGAACAAAAGCUACCGAGAAGCGAACUCUCCCUUUCUCUAAUGAGGCUAGCGACGCCAAUAUCCUAUCAUCCAAUGUCAUGAACAAUUUGUUAGUCGAAUCUUUCAUCAAAUUUGACAGAGUGGACAACUCGGGGAAAGAGGACCCUCACGACGUCCGAAAGAUGCGGUGGCUACUCAUAUACGGGAUACUCCAAUCCAUAAGUUAUCUGACCUUCGAUACACCACACAUCUGCUUUACGGACGGUGCUGAUUAUUUCACGAACGCAAGGCUGAAUAGUAUCAUUCCCUGGAAGGCGGAUGAAACAUGUUCGAUGUUGGCCCAACCUGACGUACACUCAUGGCUGAUCCCUUAG